CGCGCCCCCUGCCGGCAGUGACGUCACGCCCCUCCCCCUUCCAGCCGCGGGAUUCAAAUUUCCGGAAGCGGCCGAGGGCGCGGCUGUGGAGGAGGGCUGACAACAUCGCUGUCUCAGGUGGGUGGCGGCGCCGGCGCUCGCCCAGAACAUUCCAGAAAUGUCAUCCAGAAGCCCCAAAGAUUUCGUUAAAAAUAAAUGGGGAUUAAAAACCAGCAGCUCCAAAUCUGAAACUGAAUUAGAAAAAUUUAAGAGAGAAAAUGCAGCCCUUAAAAAGUCUGUGGAAGAAAUUGCAAAUGGAAAAGGAAAGCUGGCAGAAAAAGAAAGACAUAGACUUCUGGAGAUAAUACUUGCCCUUGAAACUGAAAAGGAGAAGACUAAUUUUCAUCUGGCAGAGAAGGAAAAAGAAAUACAGCGAUUAAAAGACCAGCUGAAAUCCAGAAAUAGUACCAGUUCCUUACUGAAUCAAUUAGAAGAAAAAACAAAAGAGUCAGAAAGAAGAGAACAACUCUUAAAGUCUUUAUCAGAAGAGACUGACAUUCUGAAAAAGCAGUUAUCUACAGCAACCACAAGACUGUCAGAACUUGAAAGUAAAGCCAGUACACUUCAUUUAUCACAGAACAUGGCUACAAGUUUCAUUGAUUCACCUGUGGUUAAUGUUCAUGCAGUGGAAAUACAGCUGAAAGACGCUCUGGAGAAAAAUCAACAGUGGCUUGUAUACGAUCAGCAGAGAGAGGCCUAUGUAAGGGGACUUACAGCAAAAAUCAUUGAAUUGGAACAACAGUCAGAAGCAGCUGCUCAUUCACUCCAACAGCAAGCCAAAAAAAAUGACUCAGAAGGCUAUCUUCAUGAAGAGAAGCAAAAAUAUUACAAUCAUCUCUUGAUGAAUAUCAAGAAGAAACUAGAGAUUGAACAACAAACUGUAACGCACCUGAGUUUUGAACUUAAUGAAUUUCGAAGGAAAUAUGAAGAAGCCAAGAAAGAAGUUCUAGAUUUAAAUAAUCUCUUAACUUCUCAAAGAGAGGCUGAUGUACAACAUUUGGAAGAUAACAAAUACAAAAUGGAGAAAAUACUGAAGCUAAAGAAAGAGAAUGAAAUUUCCAGAGAGAAACUUGAAGAAGAAAAAAAAAGGUCUGAAGAGCUUUUAUCUCAGGUCCAAUUUCUCUACACAUCUCUGCUAAAGCAACAGGAAGAACACACAAAGGUGGCUUUAUUGGAACAACAGAUCCAGGCUUGUACUUUAGAUUUUGAAAAUGAAAAACUUGAUCGACAGAACAUGCAGCAUCAAUUGCAUAAGGUUCUUAAGGAGCUAAGAAGAGCAAGGGAACAAAUAACACGGUUGGAGCCUUUGAAACAACUCCAGGAUUAUGUCCGCAUAGAGUCAUCUGAUCUUUUCCAAGGAGAGCACGAAGAUAAGUUAAAAACUAAUUCACCAAAGCGUUCUACUUUGUUAGAUGAGAGCUUCCUAGAGUGCCCCAAAUGUAAAGCGCAGUACCCAACGAGUCAGCACAGAGAACUGUUAGCUCAUAUUGAUUUCUGUGACAAUUAGCAAGGUGAUACUUAUAUUUAUGCUUCAAAAACACAAUACUGUAUUUACAUUAGCUUAUGGACACUUUGAACUACACAUUUCAUUUAAAGCCACAGAAGAAGCUGCCUGCCCACCUGCCUUUCAGAUUCCAGCUGAAGAGUCAAUCAUUGUACUUUCCUGGCAACUUUCUAUUUCCCAGGGCUCAUGCAUCAUCUAGGCAAGUUAGAAAUAAUAGGAUUUUCUGAAUAUGUAUAUCAAGAUGACUGACAUUUUGCACUAUAAAAUAUUAAUUUGGGAAAUGGAAAUGCAUAGAUUUCAGAUUAUUUUUAGUGCUCACACACCAAAAAUUUUAUGUUCAAAGGUGCAAUAAAAUGAACACUGGAAAGAACUUGGUAGAAAAUCAGUCACAAUGAACUAGAGAUAUUUUAUCUUUUGGUCCAAGCACUUACAAACCUACUAUACUGCUUCAUGUGUCCUUUAAAAAAAAAUUGCACUGGCAUUUUUUAGUAUUUUUACUUGCUACCAUAGCCUAGUAAUUGGAAAAGUCAGAAGUGCCGAGUUUUUGUUGCUCGUUGAUAUGCCUUCUAUCUCAGCCAUGUUCAGAGCAUACAGCCGAGACUACCUGCAUAGACCAGAGUUACCAAUAAGCAGCUGCCCAUGAUGUUUACUUUCACAUUUACUGGAAAGAGAUUUCAGCAGACUUCCAAUAACAUAUGUUGGUCCUCCAAAAAAUUAAAACUACUUCUACCAAAA